AUGGCCACUACCAAGGGAACCAAGAAGGCGGACCCCAAGGGCAAGAAGGCCCCAGCUGGCGAUGCCAAAGCCAAGGGUGCGAAGAAGGCAGCGCUCAAGGGCACCAACGGAAAGGCCCAGCGCAAGGUCCGCACCUCGGUAUCAUUCCACCGCCCCAAGACUCUCCGUCUCCCCCGUACUCCUAAAUACCCAAGGAAAUCCAUCCCUCAUGCGCCCCGAAUGGACGAGUACCGCACUAUUGUGCACCCUGUUGUUACCGAGUCCGCGAUGAAGAAGAUCGAGGACCACAACACCCUUGUUUUCAUUGUCGACCUCAAGUCGAACAAGCGUCAGAUCAAGGCUGCUGUUAAGAAGCUUUACGAUGUAGACAUUGCUAAAAUCAACACCCUCAUUCGACCAGAUGGAAGGAAGAAGGCGUAUGUACGGUUGACGCCUGACCAUGAGGCUUUGGAUGUUGCCAACAAGAUUGGCUUCAUCUAA